CGCCUUGAGUGGGUGGAGAUCAUAGAGCCACGCACGCGGGAACGCAUGUAUGCCAACCUCCUCACCGGAGAGUGUGUGUGGGACCCCCCUCAAGGGGUACGUAUUAAGAGGACAGGGGACAACCAGUGGUGGGAGCUGUUUGACCCCAACACCUCCCGCUUCUACUACUACAAUGCUUCCACGCAACGCACUGUCUGGCACCGCCCUCAGGCCUGUGACAUCAUCCCCCUCGCCAAGCUACAGACGCUGAAGCAGCACACGGAUGUUCCCUGCCCGGUAGGGGGAGGGACAGGGGGAGAAAGAGGGGGGAGGACGUCAGCUGAUAACAGCCCGGGAAAGAGCAGUGCGGUCAGUAGAGAGGGGAGCACCUCAUCUUCACUGGACCAGGAACUGACCGCAUCAGAGAAACAGGGGAACAGAGAGGAGUCAGACAGAACCUCUCCAUUCAGAUGGAACACAGGUACCAAGGAGCGGAUGCUGAUCAAGGUGACAGACAGAGAACCCAGCUUCCUCUCUCACCAGGGGAAUGGUUACUCCCCCUGCGACCCCCCUACCCUCACCCCCGCACCUGGCACCGGCACCGCCUCCCGUACCCGCCGUUCCUCUGGAGGCUCCACCCCCCAUGACACCGGCCCCGACGGCUCUCCAAUCCUCUACGUCGACCGUCGCCAGUCGCCCUUCCCGAAACGGGCGGAGCUAGGGGGCGGAGGUACCGGGACACACCGUCGCCCCUCGGCCGACUCACAGCCCCCCUCCCCCCGCUACGCCUACGAACCACCCCUCUACGAGGAGCCCCCCUCGGAGUACCAGCCCCCGCCCAUCUACGAGGAACCGCCCACGGACGUGAUGCACCACCUGGGCUCUGACUGCUCCUUGCUGUAUGGCACAGGGAAGUCCCCGGCCCGGGGAAAGCCCUCCUCGGCGACGCCCCUCUAUCACUCUCCCAAACAGAGCCACUCCCCCUACGGCCAGCUGGUGCUGACCAGACAGAAGUGUCCAGAGAAGACCCAGAGUCUGGAGUACAGCCCUGCUGGGAAGGAGUAUGUCAAACAGCUGGUCUACGUGGAACAGUCCUCCUCCAGCCCACGUUCUAAGACAGCCGACCGGCUCCUUCACUACGGGACCUCCACGGCCACCCCAUCCUCCAUGGGGGGGUAUGGGGGCUCCUACGGAGGCUCCUACACCCUCCAACACAGCCAGAGUCUGAUACGGGACCCCCGGCUGCUGCUGGACUACGGGAGCGAGGAGGGGGGCGAGGGCGGAGGCCAGAGGUUGCUCUACGAGGACUCUAUGUCCUGGUGCUCCAGUCAGCACCACUCCCUCUCCCUCUCUGGGUCUACAGGUGGAGGGGGCUUCUCGCCCGGGGGGAACCGCAAACGCAAGACCCGGAAACCCUCCCUGCCCCAGGAGCUGGGGAGGUGUGGAGGGGGUGGUGGUGUUGGGGCGGACUGGGAGGAGGGGCCGAUGUCGGGGACCCUGUCAGAGGCAGUGUUGAACCAGGCCAGGCUGGCGUGGGAGGCCCAGCAAGUGAUGAAACAGAGGAGCAGUUGGGAAUCAGCCCCGGGGGAAGGGGGCUCGGCCAGGGGCUCUAACCAGGGAGGAGGGUCUAAAGACGGGUACGAGAGCGAUGGGGCGGUGCCCCUGCCCCUGCCAGGCCCAGUGGUGAGGGCGUUUAGCGAGGACGAGGCGUUAGCACAGAGCGACGGGCACCACGGGCAUUACCACUGGAAACGCAGCACCUUCGACAGACUGGGCUUCCCUCAGGCACUGCUGGAGAAGAGCCUGUCUGUACAGACCAACCUGGCCUCGCCUGAACCCUUCCUACACCCCUCACAGUCGGAGGAUCUUGGAGCAUGUGCUCAGUUCGAGGCGAGUCGGAAUGCUCGGAACAUGAUGCCUAGCGCCAGCUGUGGAGUGUUCCCAGAAUUCACCUUGAGGAAGCCGUCCUCCGAGACCGACAUCGAGAACUGGGCCUCCAAACACUUUAACAAACACACACAGGGUCUGUUCCGGCGUAAGGUGUCCAUAGCCAACAUGCUGGCGUGGAGCAGUGAGCCAAUCAAAAAGCCCAUGAUCGUGACGUCAGACCGUGCGGUGAAGAGAGAGGCGGUGGAGAUCUUUAAACUCAUCCAGACCUACAUGGGAGACCGCCGGGCCAAGACUGACCCGCUCACUGUCGCCCUGGAGGUGGCAGUGCGUGGUUGGAGCAGCCAGGGUCUUCGUGAUGAACUCUACAUUCAGCUGUGUCGUCAGACUACAGAGAACUUCCGCUAUGAUAGUCUGGAGAGGGGCUGGGAGCUCAUGGCUGUGUGUCUGGCCUUCUUCCCGCCUACACCUCGCUUCCACUCCUACCUGGAGGGAUACAUCUACAGACACAUGGACCCCCUCAACGAUACUAAAGGAGUGGCGAUCAGCGGCUAUGCCAAAUACUGUUACCGUAAACUGCAGAAGGCUGCUCUGACCGGAGCUAAGAAGGGGUUGCAGAAGCCGUGUCUGGAGGAGAUCAAACACGCCAGGAACGCCAUCUUCAGCCCCUCCAUGUUUGGCUCUUCCCUGGAGGAAGUGAUGUCACUGCAGAAGGAGCGUUACCCCGACAGUCAGCUGCCCUGGGUCCAGACACGCCUCUCUGAGGAGGUCCUGGGUCUUAAUGGAGACCAAAUAGAGGGCAUCUUCAGGGUUCCAGGUGACAUAGAUGAGGUCAACGCUCUCAAGCUGCAAGUGGACCAAUGGAAGAUCCCCACGGACCUGGAGGACCCACACAUCCCAGCCUCUCUGUUGAAGUUGUGGUACAGGGAAUUGGAGGAGCCGUUGAUUCCUCAUGAGUUCUAUGAGGAGUGUAUCACUCACUAUGAUGACCCUGAGGCUGCAGUCAACGUAGUGAUGGGCCUUCCUCACAUCAACAAGCUGGUGCUCUGCUACCUCAUACGCUUUCUACAGGUGUUUGGCCAGCCUGCCAACGUGGUGAUCACUAAGAUGGAUGUGAACAACCUGGCCAUGGUGAUGGCCCCUAACUGCCUGCGUUGCCAGUCAGACGACCCACGCAUCAUCUUUGAGAACACACGCAAAGAGAUGUCCUUCAUCCGCGUGCUCAUCCAGCGCCUCGACACUAGCUUCAUGGACAGACUGCUAUAGCCCCCCAAACCCUGCUCCAUCACCCAGGCCAACGACACAGGACCCCCAUCGCCCUGCUAUAGCCCCCCAAACCCUGCUCCAUCAC